UCAAGGAUGCAGAAGCCGUAUAAUCCAGCACAGAACCACCCCAAGAAAAAUGUAGGAGAAAAAUCUGGCAAAAAGUACUCAGAAAAAAGACAAAUUAAGCAUGAGCUCUAUCCCAACACCGAAGCUUCCCUUGAUCGAUCUGUCCGAAUUAGAUGGCUCAAAGCCAGGGAUAGGUCGGUGGGACUCCUUGCAAAGUCAAGUCCGCCAAGCCCUUGAAGAAUUCGGUUGCUUCGAAGCUUUGUAUGAUAAGAUGACAUUGGAGCUUCACGAUGAUGUGUUCCAAGAAUCGAAGGAAUUGCACGAGCUUCCGGCUGAUGUGAAGCACCGAUUUGUCGUCCCGGACAAACCGUUCAAUGGCUACAUUGCGAAUAGGCCUCUCGCGCCCCUCCACGAGGUGUUUGGAAUCCCCUAUGUCCAGGGCUCCAUCGAAAGAUUUGCUGAUCUCAUGUGGCCAGAGGGAAACACAAGAUUUUGUGAGACAAUGAACAAGUAUAUUACGAAGGUUUUGGAGUUGGAUUCGCUGGUGAGGAAGCUGGUUUUGCGAAGCUUUUGCAUAGACAAUCACGGGAAUUUACUAGGGGCGUCCAUCAGGUACAAUUUCCGUCUCAUAAAAUAUGCAGCUCCUGCAACUGAGUCCAAGAAGCUCGGCGUGAUGUGCCAUCGGGAUGGGAACUCCGUUACCAUACUUCACCAAAAUCACGUGAACGGGCUGGAAGUGCAAACUAAGGAUGGACGUUGGAUCGAGGUCGCCCCUUCGUCUGCUUCAUCUUUCAUUGUCCUCACUGGGGAGUCAUUCUACGGAUGGAGCAAUGGGAGAUUACAGAGCCCUUGUCACCGGGUAAUGAUGAGUGGGCAUGAGCCAAGAUAUUGCAUAGGAUUCUUCUCUAUCGACCGAGGCACAAUUCAGUGUCCUCAAGAGCUUGUGGACGAGCAACACCCUCUGCUUUUCAAGCCCUUUGACAUGGAUGGUCUCUCCCGCAUCUACAAGACAAAAGAGGGUCAAAAUGGAGCUUCGGCUGUUGAUACUUUUUAUAGAAUUUGAAGUACCGCAUAUCCUUUUGCUCAGUCAAUCGUUGCAAGUCAAGUUUAAAGGACCAUUGUUUGCCGUGUAUAUUUUAUUGAG